AUGCCUCCACGAACAACUCAAAUAAGACCAAUUGAGAAAUUUGCACAAGCAGUUGCUAAAUGCUCUACAGAGGCAUCCCUAUACGGCAAAUGCAUAGUAGCCGAUUACAAUUCCGUCCACAAAGACAAAUGUCUUACUGAAUUCAUGAAAUUGAAAGAUUGCUAUUUGAUUGCCGCGAAGAGAAAGUAG